AUGAAAGCAGCCAUUGCCACUGGAAUCCAAGACUUUGAUAAGCACAUCAAUAUUGAUGAAAGUUGGCCGCAACCCACAUUGGAAACCGCCAAAGAUGGCAAGACCGGAAAGCCCGUGUCAAAAUUGGCUGAAAAACACAUGAUUGUCAAGGUUCUGGCAUGUGGCGUGGCACCAGGAGACUGCCGGUUAUUCAAGGGAAAAACAGACAUGAUGCAGUUGCCUAAAUGGGGACGUCCCUAUGUUAUUGGGAGUGACAUCUGUGGCAUUGUGACAGAAGUUGGCGAAGAUGAAAGCUACUACAAAUUGGGCGACAAGAUUAUUGCCCGCUUUGAUGAACCACAACCCCAGGGCAUGUGCGCUGAAUAUGUCUGUGUCAAGACACAUUUGAGUGAAAAGUGCCCGGCAUCCAUCCCUGCCACAGAGGCAUGUACACUGGCAUCUUCGGCUUCUGCGGCCAAACUGGUCAUAGAGAAGUUCAUUCAAAAGGAUAGUCGUGUUUUGCUUCUUGGAGGCUCGGGUGGUUUGGGAACCUUUAUGUGCCAGUACAUUAAGAAACAAGGUGCCAGUUUCUUGGCGGCCACUACAACUCAAUCGGACUUGGUAAAAUCUUUGGGAGUGGAUCGUGUCAUUGACUACCGAGUAGAGAACUGGUGGGAAUUGGAGAAAGAAUUCGGAGAGAAUCCAUUUGAUGUGGUGGUGGACUUGGUCAAUGGCCAGAAUUGGGUCACGGGAGCCUGCUCCGGAACAACCGUGUUGAAAUCCAAAGCGCCCUAUGUUCAGAUGUUUACUGGAGUGGAGACAGAGAUUGACAUGGGAAUGGGCAUUAUUUCCGUGAUACCCUUUAUCUUUUCCCUCCUUGGCCGAUCACUGUAUUCCAAGUUGCACAGAUCUUGUCCCAAAUACAUCACACCAAAAGGCUUGGAACUGAAACCGGGUCAUCUCGAGGCACUAUUAGAGGAUAUUGCCGACAAGAAAGUAAAAGUGGUUUUGGACCCGGCUGGUCCAUUUGAGUUUACAACAGAAGGUGUUCGGGCAGCCAUGAAACUUCAGAACUCCAUCCAUGCCCAUGGGAAGGUUGUGAUUGAAAUUGCCAAGGAUGAGCAGUCAAGUUGA